AUGGCGGCUCCUGGAGGUUCCCUGUCUCUAACACCAGAACAACCUUACACAUUCGCCAAGAUCUUUGUCAAACACCAAAUACGACCCAAUCCGAAGCCAAACCUCGAAAACAACACCGUUGCCGGGAAAACAGCCGUCAUCACGGGUGGCAAUGGUGGCAUCGGGUUAGAAUGUGGCCGGAUUCUGCUGUCGCUCCACCUUUCCCACCUCAUCCUUGCUGUUCGAACCAUCGCGAAGGGAGAAGAGGCUGCAACUUCACUGCGAAAACUCUACCCGAAAGCCAAGAUCGAUGUUUGGCAGCUAGAUAUGGACUCUUAUGACUCUAUCAGGGCUUUUGCCAAAAAGUGCGCAACCCUGCCCCGUCUGGACAUGGCUCUGCUUAGCGCCGGCAUCAUGAAUGUCGACUUGCAAGUCAACAAAUCAACCGGGCACGAGGAGAUGUUUCAAGUCAACUACUUGUCGACCGCCCUACUUGGAUUACUGUUACUCCCAAUCCUCAAGAGAAAGACACCAUCCGACUCCCCAGGUCGGCUCAUGCUUGUUGCAUCUGGUGCAGCGCUGAUAGCGGAGUUCUCCGAGCGCAACGCCGAUCCCCUUCUUUCUGCGUUUGGCGAUGAGAAAGGAUGGAACUCUUCAAUCGCCAAGAAGAGAUACGACACCAGCAAGGGAUUGGUUCUGAUGCUUACCCUGCAGUUGAGUCAAUUGACAAAGGCCGAUGAUGUCAUCGUCAAUGUUGUUGAUCCGAGCUUCACGCCGGGUACGAGCUUCUUCCGCAACCUUCCCUUGCUAAUGAGGGCGAUGGCCUGGCCACUGACAAAGGCCUUGGGUACCACUGUGAACAAUGCAGCAUGGAGAUAUGUCGACGGCGCUGUGGCUAGAGGCGAGGAGAGUCAUGGGAGCCUCAUCAGCGAUUGGGAGAUUCAUCCAUACCAUCCCUUUAUGUACACGGAGGAAGGCAAAAGGUUCAUGGACAGGCUUUGGAAGGAGAGUAUUGAAGAAUUGGAUUUUCCUGAGGUACGCGACGCGUUGGUAUCGCUGCGCGCAGGAUCCGCAUCUUAA